CCGGGGCCGGGAAGGGAGGGUGCGGCCAUGGCGCAGCCCCGGGUGCUGCCGCAGAGCAAGGAGACCCUGCUGCAGUCCUACAACAAACGCCUCAAGGAUGAUGUCAAAUCCAUCAUGGACAACUUCACCGAGAUCAUCAAGACGGCCAAGAUUGAGGAUGAAACUCAAGUUGCUCGAGCAACCCAGGGUGAACAAGAUAACUACGAGAUGCACGUCAGAGCUGCAAAUAUUGUCCGAGCUGGUGAGUCCCUGAUGAAACUUGUGUCUGACCUGAAGCAGUUCUUGAUCCUCAACGAUUUCCCCUCUGUGAACGAGGCCAUCAACCAGCGCAACCAGCAGCUGAGGAGCCUGCAGGAGGAGUGUGACAAGAAGCUGAUUGCCCUGAGGGAUGAGAUCUCCAUUGACCUGUACGAGCUAGAAGAAGAAUAUUACUCUUCCAGAUACCCUACAGGGUUUAAACAUACUGGUGAAGGAGAUGUUCACAGCAUCCCAGGUUUGAUAGAGACCAGCCUGCUGAGCUGGGUCCUGAUGCCAGCUGGUGUCACCUCACCUUGGUGCUACAGUCUGUGUGACAGCAAUGAUCUCCCACUGUGCGAAGCCUACUGGAGACAAGACUUUGCCACGCUGUCCCCCGAGAGCCUCUCGAUGCCCCUGGCAGCCGCCACAGCCGAGCAGAGCGUUGCCACCUCGCAGAGUUCCACCCCUUCGCACCCGCACGUCAACGGGCACGGGGCGGGCCCCGCCGAGCAUUCCUGAGGAGGAUCCGCUGCUGCCGGCCGUGGUUCAUCCGGGGAUGGCCCCGCCGAGCAUUCCUGAAGAGGAUCCGCUGCUGCCGGCCGCGGUUCAUCCCGGGAUGGCCCUGCCGAGCAUUCCUGAGGAGGAUCCGCUGCUGCCGGCCGCGGUUCAUCCGGGGAUGGCCCCGCCGAGCAUUCCUGGAGAGGAUCCGCUGCUGCCGGCCGCGGUUCAUCCGGGGAUGGCCCCGCCGAGCGUUCCUGCCCAGGAUCCGCGGUUCAGCCGGGCAUGGCCCCGCGCUGCUGGAAGGCUUCCUCCUGCUGUGCUGAGCAAGCGGCUCCUGCUGCCGGGAGGAGGCACUGGAGCUGUGCUGGCAGGGCUCUGCUCCCUGCAUGGCUGCAGCGCUUCCUCCACGCCAGGACCUUGCCAGGAGUGCUCCUGUCCAUAAGAGAUAGAAAUGUGUAGACACAAAGUGAAUCUCAUUGUAACAAAUUAGAGUCGGGUUUGCUUUAACGUGAUAGUUGUGUGUAGAGUUCAUUAGAAGUCUUAGAAAUUUGUUUCCAUGUGAGUGUUAGGAGUUGAAUUUCUUUGGGAUAAACUUGAGCCAAAUGUGGGGGCAGUGAUUGUGCUGGGGUUUUUACUCUGCUUCCCAAGGUUAUUGACAUUCUGGCUGCUUUAAAGCUCUCUCAGGGUGGCAUCUGACAACCUCUGGUCUACUGUAAAGUCUUAUAGUAUUUUUACACAACAGUCUUCACUGUCAAAAUGCUUUACAAACUUGAACUCUUGAUUUGGAAGGAAGAUCCCAGGAGACCCCUAUGGAAGAGCAGUGUUCCUCCCCUGGAAGAAGAACAGGCAGGCAGGGAUCAGACUGAGGGAUCAAUGACACCACUUGCUCAAAGCCACAAAGAGAAGCAGUGUCAUGCUUUAGUCAGUCGAUUCCUUCCUCAGUGUUUACACAGAAAUUUCUGAUAAUGUAGUCUGAGCUAACAUGGAGCCACUGUUUAUGCUGGCUUUUAGUUUUGUCUAAUGAAAAAAUCUUGAGAGCAGUGAGGAAUACUCGAUUACUCUCAGUUUCCUUCCAAAGAAACACAUUUGGUGCUUGGUCUGCAGCUGUUCAGCAGCUCAGCACAUCUCCUGUCCUUUCCUUUUGUGGUGGCUCUGCCUUGGCUCGAGCUGUGCAGCUGAAAGGGAGAUGCCACUGACCUGAAGUGUCACCACAGCUCGGUGUCAGGGGCACCACAGAGCCACCAGGGCAUUCCAACAACUGAGCUGAGCUUCCCCAGCUUUCUGCUGUAAUGUCUCAUUUCUUAGGAUGUGAAUUUUUGCUAUUAUUUUUUGGUUCUUUUUCUUCCAUUCCAUUUAUUUUUGUAACUAGGUGAUUAAAUAAAACUCACUGUUUUGUAUAA